AAGACAUAAGACAUAGAUGAAUGAGUAUGUGUAUGAGUAUGUAUGUAGAUGUAUGGUGAUUUCAUUGGGAAGGAAAACUGAGUGUGUUGUUGCAGAGACACACGUUAUCCCUGUGUUGUAGCCCCCCUCUCUGUCCGCACCCUCCUCUCUUCACAAAACACAAACUCUCAGUCAUAUAAACAACCCACUGUUCACCCCUCUCUGUUCCUAUCCAUUUUCCAAUGAACCCCUCCUCCCCUUCUCUCUCCAGUACUCUUUCUUCUUUUUUUAUUGACAGAGCCAACAGAACUAGUCCUUAAAAAACACGGGUGGUGUCCAUAAUUUAGGGGUUUCUUAGCUUCUUCUGCUUCUGCUACUACUUCUUCAAUGGACAUGAUGAUGAAUAUUGACGAAUCCAACAACAACAACAACAACAACAUGAUGAGUAGUGAUAGUAAUAAGUUUCUUUCGUCUAUUAUGGCUACUGUCAUCAACAAGAACACCAACAAUUCUUCUUCUUCUUCACCUUCUACCUUCAACAUGCCUCAUCAUCAUAACUAUACCAGCCACCACCAGCAACAACAACAAACCGCCACAAACACCAACAGCAACGCCGCCGGAAGUAGUAGUCUACAAGUUAGGGAUAAGAUCAUGGCACAUCCUCUCUUCCCUCGUCUCUUAUCUUCUUACCUUAAUUGCUUGAAGGUUGGAGCACCUCCAGAAGUGGUGGGUAGGUUAGAGGAGUUAUGUGGAAAGUGUUCAUCAUCAUCAUCAUCAAGAAGAUCAGAUAGUAAUUCAUGCAUAGGUGAAGAUCCAGGGCUUGAUCAGUUCAUGGAGGCAUAUUGUGAGAUGCUCAUUAAAUAUGAGCAAGAGAUUUCUAAACCCUUCAAAGAAGCCAUGCUCUUCUUCUCAACAAUUGAUUCCCAGCUUAAGGCCCUUUCUCUUUCACCACAUUUUGGUACUAAUCAUCAAAGUGAAUCAUCAUCAUCUUUACUACAAAAUGAGGUUGAUGUGCUUGAUGAGAACAACAACAAUAAUAGGAACAUGGAUACAAGUCAAGCUGAAGAAGACAGGGAACUAAAGAUCCAGCUUCUGAAGAAGUACAGUGGAUAUCUUGGUGGACUCAAGAAGGAGUUUCUCAAGAAGAAAAAGAAUGGAAAGUUGCCAAAAGAAGCUCGCCAGCAGCUUCUUGAUUGGUGGAACAGACAUUACAAAUGGCCUUAUCCUUCGGAAUCCCAGAAACAGGCACUAGCAGAAUCAACAGGGCUAGAUUUGAAGCAGAUAAACAAUUGGUUCAUCAAUCAGAGGAAACGCCAUUGGAAGCCUUCUGAGGACAUGCAAUUUGCUGUUAUGGAUGCAACUAACCACUACAUGGAAACUAUCAUGUGCAAGCCAUUUCCCAUGGAUACCAUGCCUAUUCUAUUUUAAGUUUUUAACUAUGCAAAUGCAUAUGCUAUAUAUGUAUAAUAUAUAGUAUUUAUAGCUUGUAUGAACUUUUAACUGUUGAGCUGAAACCCUUUUUAGAUUUCAAGUUACCUUAGGUCUUGAAGCUGCUUUAAUUAUGAAGCUAAGCAUGCAAGUUUCCCUAUUAUAUAUAUGUAUCCUUCAAUCUCUUGAAGUGUUAGUUAUAUAGCCUCUUGAAUUUUUUGUGGAACAUUAAGGAGACUUUUAAUUUGUAUGA